UCCAAAUUUGACAAUAUGUUUGGAUUGAAAAAGAAGAAGAAGAAUCUACGUCAAAAAAUAGUUAUAGUUAACUCCGAUGAAGAAAUUGAAGAUAAUAAAACUAUUAAUGAUGUUAAUUUCUCAAAAAAUUUAAUAGCACAACCACUUUUGAGUUUUGGUGAUGAAGAUGGAGAAGACCAGGAGAUGUUUAAGAUUAAAAAAUCUUACAAAAGUCGAUUGAUAUCAAAGUCAAUAAAAAAGGACAAGUUGAAAGACACAGUGGAAAUUUUAAAUGUAUUAGAUGAUGACAAAACAUUAAAUAAAAAUUACGACUCAAAUAUAAAAUUACAUAAUCCUUUAAAACCUAAAAAAAUAUAUUCCACUGAAAUAUUACCUAUUCAAAUAUUAGAAAAAGUGAUUGAAGAUGAUGAACAAAAAGAUGUUGAUGAUCCAUUAAAAUCUACUUUGCAAGCUGGUGAGAUUCCUAAUGCAGCUAUGAUAUUUGCUGCUAGGAAACAAAGGCAGUAUGUUAGGGAAACAUUGAAUGAAACUCCUAAUACAAAUAAUCACAAUGAAAUCUUGCAAAUUAAAGAAUAUUCUGACAAUGGUUUUAGCAAAAUGAAUUUAGAUGAUACAAUAAGAUAUGCCUCAACAAAAUCUAGACUAAUUAGAGAAGAUGAUAAUGAUAUCAGUGAUGCUGAUGAAACUGAGACCUUUAAUGAAAUGAAUGAAUCCGAAGAUAAAUUCAUAAAUAUGUCUACUAUCUUGGAAAAAGAGUCGAAAGAAAAAUAUAGGAGCAAAAAGGAACUCCUAAAAUAUUUGGACAAGGAUAGGCAAAAAAAAGAAAGGGGUCAAGAAAAUCAGGAAAACAAUUUAUUGCGGACUCAUAAAGUUUCCAUGCAGUCUUACGACAGUAACAAUGAUGAAAGUGGGAAAGAUUCGGAAGAUGAGGAAUUCGAAAAAUGGGAGAAUGAACAAAUUAGAAAAGGAUACAACAUGCCUCAACUCCUAAAUUUGCCUUCCAAGCAACACAUGGCCAAAAUCAUCCAAAACUUUUCUAAAUCCCUUCCAAGUUCCAACCAGAUGAAAAUUAAUAGUCUAACUUCCACUUCAACAACUACAUUAAUAAACCAAAAUGAUAACUAUGCAUUCCAACCACCUUAUCAUAAUCUAUUUAAUGAUUCUUUACCACAAUACAACAACGAAGCUCAAAAAAAAAUGAGUGUAACCCUGAAAAUACCCGACUUUUUGAGUCGUGAAGAUGAAAAAUUUAAUAUUUCCAAUUUCGAUUGUGACCGAAUUAAAAGGGACAUUGAAAAAAGAAUUGAGACUCUAAAAAGUAACACUAGCGUUUUCAAUAUGGAUCUAACAAAUACGAUAGAAUUUCAAGCUGGGAAUGAAGCUUUAUUUGAACAUCUUAAGGAAGAAACCCUUUUAUUGCAAACAGAAAACACAUUUUACACAGAUUUCAGGGAAUACAUCGAAGACCUAAUCGAUUGCCUUAACGAAAAAGUAGUUAUUAUAAAUUCUCUGGAGAAUAGAAUUCACAAUUUAUGGAAACAAAGGAGCUCCAGGCUUAUAAAUCGUAGGUUACAAGAUUUGAAAGAUGAAAGUCAAGAAUAUUCACUGAUACAAAUCAUGAACAAUAAAUUAAAUACUAAACAACAGCCUGAGGAUGCCAUAACAAAACGGCGCAUUUCUGAAAGGGAAGCCAGGAGAGGUAGAAGGCGAAGAGCCAGAGAAAAUACAAAUGUAAAUCAUUUUGAAGGCAUGUCUACGGAUGACGAAGAAAUACGAGUGGAUAAAGAUAAUUCUGAAACCCAAAUGAAACAAAUCUUAAGUGAAGCAUCUCCCGUGUUUCAAGACGUGGUAGAGGAUUUUUGUGUAUUAGAAAAUAUUUUGGCCAAAUUUGAUGAAUGGAAAAACGUCAACAAAACAUCUUAUAAAGAGGCCUAUAUUAACCUUUACCUGUCCAGUAUCCUAGAAAACUUAGUUCGAUUUCAUAGUUUAGGAUGGAAUCCUUUAGAUGAUGAUUCAAAAGAAGAUUUUAAAGGUUUUGCCUGGUAUAAAACUCUCCUUUCUUACAUGGUCAAAAAGGAUUCAUCUACUGACAAUAAUGUAACAUCUUCUUCUAGCUACGACCAAGAUUCGGAUAUUAAUGUCAUUAUCCCUAAUGUAAUUCAAAAUGUAUUUUUACCCAAAUUAACAUUCGUAAUUCAAUACGUUUAUGACCCGAUGUCAACUAAGCAAACCAAAAGAAUCGUGGAUUUUAUAAAAUUUUUGGCUCAAACAUUUCCGUUCUUCUUGGCCGAAAAUACUAAAAUUCAGCAAUUCUACAAAAUUAUUCAGCAAAGGAUAGUAAAAUCGCUUGAAAAUGAUAUAUAUUUACCCAUGUUCCCUCUCAAUAUUUUGGAAACCAAAAAUAGCGCAAUUAUAAAUUAUCAAAAUAGACAAUUUUGGAGCAGCAUCAAAUUGAUGGAUAACAUAAUGGAAUGGAAAAGCUUAUUGUCCCAUGAAUUGAUUAAAGAAUUGGCCUUUGAUGGAAUACUGAAUCGAUAUAUUAUCUUAGCUUUCCAAAAUUCACUCAUCAACCGACACGUAUUCGAAAAAAGCUUAAAGAUUUCCCAAACCUUGAAAUUGUUGUCCGAUUUUAACAGGGAUGAAAAGGGAAAUCUAUUAUCCGAAUUUCAACCUUUUCAUCGUUAUCUUAAUUACCUGCAACAAACCGUUAAAAAUAUGAGUCUCCCCAAUUUCAACGUCGAAUUUUCACCUUUGGAUAAAAUUGAAACGUUGGAUAUUAUCGAGGAAAUUAUUCAAAACUUUUAGGACAUAAAGUUAUUAUGAAAUCGAUAUCUAGGUUCACGAGUGUGGAAACAUAUCUCUUUGAUGCUGGAUAAUUUAGAUUAUUUUAUUAAUAAAAAAUAACUAUUAUUUUAAAAUUUAUCGUGUCCUCUUAUAAAAAA